AUGGAAGCCCUCUUGCAUAGUGGCGCAUCUGCCCUAAUCAUUCUUCUGCUCGCUAUCUUUGUUGCUUCUCUCUUCAUCUUCAGCUCCUACUUUCAGAGAGAACUCGAGGCUGAGUCAACGGUGCCAGGAUGUCGUCGCUUUGGUCUUACCGGAAAGAGCAACAUGGCCGAUCAGUAUUCACCUGAACACAAUGGAGAAACCCUGACAUCUGCGGCUGCGUGCAAGAUCAAGGCGCUCUUCAUAUACCCAAUCAAGUCCUGCAAGCCUGUGGAAAUCGAACACGACGACGUCAUUCUAACUGGACUGCGCUAUGAUCGCCAAUUCUGUUUCGCCCAGCUCAAGACAGAAGAGGCGGAGAAGGAUGAGGGAGAUCUCAGCGUCAGCACCAAAUGGAUCCACAACUGGAAGUUCAUCACACAGCGCAACGUUCCUCGAUUGAGCCAGGUAGACGUCAAAGUCUGGAUACCAGAUCCGUCAUCUCCUUCAUACUCCCCAGACGCGGAAUGGGUCAAAUCGAAUGGUUGUGUCAUUUGUUCGUUUGCUUUCACCCCGGAAUGGUCUUGGAAUCUGGACGGCCUGAAGACCGCAUGGUCACUUCUCAAGACCAAGAUUGCUCAACGCGAUAUCAGAGCGGAGCCUCGCCUCACCUUCAAGCUCCCCAUUGCCCCUGACGAGAAGAGGUCACAAAGGUACAGUCGAGAGGUCAUGAAGAUUUGGAAGUGCUCACCUACGGCCAUCAACAUCACGUCCGAGAUACCACCAGAUACACUGGCGAAGUUGAAAUACUUCCUCGGUGUCUCCAAUCCUCUUGCUUUGUUCAUGGCAGACCCUCUCAACCAUCGUCAAGUGUUUAGGAAUGCACCUACGGCUGAAGAGGCUGGCUAUCAACCUGGCGUGGGCUUUGCUGAUGCUUAUCCACUGUCGAUAAUGGGUGUUGCCUCUGUUCAAAAGGUCUCAAAGACGAUCAAAAACUUACCAACCCCUCACCUCGACGCCCUCCGCUUCCGCGCGAACAUUUACUUGACCGGCAUCCCACCCUUCGCCGAAGACGACUGGAAAGUUAUUCGAUCAGGAAACCUGGACUACCACGUCAGCUGCCGCACAACACGUUGCGAUCUCCCCAACGUCGAUCCUGACACUGGCAUCAAAGACCGCGCAGAGCCUUACAAGACCCUCAAGCAGACAAGAGGAAACAUCGACAAGGGCGCUGGCGCUCAUCCAGUGUUGGGUAUGCAGAUGGUACCUUUGCUCAAGGACGCCAAAGGUAGUGAGGAGAUUCGAGUGGGAGCAGAGAUGAAAGUCGUCAAGACUGGCGAGCACUUCUACAUCAGGUUGUUCCAAGAUUAA